AAGCCAUGGGAUGAGUUUUGGGCUUUAAUCUAAGGACAGGAAAAGGCCUUUAUGGGAUUUUAAGCAAGGAUUUUAAACAUUCUUUUUUAGUUUUUAGAUCAUCCUGGCCAUUAGUGGGAAGAGUGGUUUGGAGUGGGGUGAAUGUGAAUGUGGCCGGAUCAGCAGAUCCAGGGGUGUGUUGGUAGUGACUCAGCCUCACUGGUGGCAAUGGAGAUGGGAGAGGAGUGGGCAGAUUCAAGACACACACUGGCCUGGGGGGCGGGUGAUGAGAGAUUGGAAGUCAUAUAUGACUCCCAGGAUAGUUUCAGCAGGUGAGGUGAUAGUGGGGGGUGCCAUUCACUGGGCAGUAGGGAACACUGGGUCAAGUUGAGUUUGGUCAUGUUGAGUUUGUGGUCCUGGUGGGGGCUAUCAGAAAUGUCAGUCAGGUAGACAGCUGGGUAUCUGAUUUCAUUUGGAGAGGAAGAGGUGAGGGCUGGAGGCCCAUCUCUUGAACUGCUGGCACAGGGCAACACAUGUGCAAGUCACAAGAAGGUAUAGGAUUGCCCAAGGGAUACAGCCUUGAGGAGGUAGAGGUCCCACAGAUAGAGACCAAAGGAGGAUAAGACCCUAUGAACAAAGUACAGAGUGAUUUUAGGAGAGGGAAGGGGUCAGUAAUGCUAGAUGCGCCCAGAUUCCAUAGGAGCAGAUCUGAAAAUUAGGGUCUCUGGAGUGUGAAAACCUGGAGGCCACCCUGGCAGAAACAGUAUUUGGUACAGCAGGGGGCAGGAUCUGGAUUGGAAAGGACAGAGUAAUACCUGAAUCAGGAGGAAAAGAAAAUAGCAAGUGUAGACAAAAAUCUUUGAAUUCAACUAAUCUCUUGUCAAAAGACAGAUCUUUUUGGCUGUAAAGAGAUAGCAGUUGUAAAGGAGGCCUUUUGUGUUUAGAUGGGAGAAACUUGGGCUUGAAAAUACAGGGCAGAGUGGAUAAUUGUAUAGGGUCCCCGGGAUGGGUGUGCAUGGGAUUUGGAGAACAAGCUUGAGAUAAAUGAUCUGUUGCUGCCAUUGCUGUGGAAUGGGGGUGGGAGGCUGUCCGUAGGCAGCAGUUGUGGAUCUGAGGGUGUGUGUGCAGGUUUGUAAGUUUUGGCCAAGUGACUCACUCUUGCACGUCAGUCUCUUAGAUCAUGAGAUAAGCAUCCUGUCAGAGACCUAGUCACUCUGGAAUGGCCAGACACACAAAUGUCAGCACGGUGGGUCAGGGCCUUGUCUCAGCAGUGGAGCUUAGGGGAGGGAUCCCUGGGAGGGGGGAUGGAGUGGUUGUGGGCAGUGUGCCUGUAACUGCUGUCCUGCCUGCUUGCAGACCUGCUUCGGAUGUUCUUUGAUGCGCUGUACGAUGAGGACGUGGUGAAGGAGGACGCCUUCUAUAGUUGGGAGAGUAGCAAGGACCCCGCUGAACAGCAGGGCAAGGGUGUGGCCCUUAAAUCUGUCACAGCUUUCUUCAAGUGGCUUCGUGAGGCGGAGGAGGAGGAGUCUGACCACAACUGAGGGCGGGUGGGGCCGGGGACUUUGGAGCCCCAUGGACACUCGGAUGGCUAAGCCAGCUGCCCGGACUGCAAGGGGGGGCGGCAGCAGCGGUGGCGACAGUGGGUGCCUGUAGUGCGAUGUUGUCUGAGCUAAUAAAGUGGCUGAAGAGGCAGGAUGGCUUGGGGCUGCGUGGGGCUCCCCUCCAGGAUGCUGCCAGGUGUCCCUCUCCUCCCCCUGGGGCACAGAGAUAUAUUAUAUAUAAAGUCUUGAAAUUUGGUGUGUCUUGGGGGGGGCACCACCGCCUGCCCCUGGUCAUUUUUUAUUUUCUGAAAAAUCACUCUUGGGACUGCCGUCCUCGCUGCUGGGGGCAUACGCCCCAGCCCCUGCACCACCCCUGCUGCUGCCUGGGCAGGGGGAAGGGGGGGCACGGUGCCUGUAAUUAUUAAACAUGAAUUCAAUUAAGCUCACUGCCUCUCUGCUUUAUGGCCUGCCCCCUCUGGAGAAGGGGUCUGGGUAGAUGAGCAGCCUCCUUUCCAGAGCUGACACUGUAGCACUGUUCCCUGUAACUUGGCACCCCUCUUGCCUCUUCCCUAGGGAGUCUCAUUCCUGGAGGGUUGACCCCCAAAGUGGACAUGGUAAGGCUCACUGUUGAUUAGGAGGGGAGAACGGGCACACAGCUGUGGGGUACUUCAUAGAACACACUUGCCUGUCUCGGCUCCUACCAGAAUGUGAUGCAGACGCCUGUGUGUGAAGGCCCUGGGUUUCAGGCUGUCUAUAGCUGAAACCUAUGGCUUCAAGGUCUCAUCUUGAUAACCCUGGACACAAUGAGGUUUUCUGUCCCCAUGCAGUAUGACCGGUAGCACGGGCCCAGUGAGUCUUCGUGCCCCGUCCCUUCGGUCCCCACCCCUCCUGCCUUCAAGUCACUCCGCAGUCGGGUCUGGGAGCAGAGGACGAGCUUUUUUCCCCGGACUCGGCCCCAGACCCCCUCUGUGUGGCUGUGACGUCCGCUUCGCCCCGCCCGCUUUGGGUGGUGACGCGGGGGUGGACACGCCCCCGCGCUUACGUCACCAGCCCGGUUCCCUCUCCCGGGAGCGUUGGCGGACGCGCGGCUCCCACCCCCUCCCUUCUCACGGGCUCUCCCCUCCCCGGUGGCGGCCGCGGCCCGACCCUCUGCAAGGCGAUGGCCCGGGCCCCGAGCGCGGGCUAGCGUGCCUGGGUGCCCGGCCAUGGGCUGUAUCGGCUCUCGGAGCCCGGCGGGUCAGGCAUUUCUGGGGACCACCAGCUGGCUGAGGCUCAGGGACAGAGACGGCUGCUCCAGCUAAAGUGGCCUCGGAUCCGGCGUGGGCUGUGGAGUGGAUCGAACUUCCUCGGGGCCUCUCUCUAUCUUCCUUGGGAUCUGCUCGGACCCUCCGAGGCUGGAGCCGGUCCUCCCGCCCUUCCUCAGUGGACAGCCAGGACUUGCCAGAGGUGAAUGUUGGAGACACAGUCGCGAUGCUGCCCAAGUCCCGAAGAGCCCUAACUAUCCAGGAGAUCGCUGCGCUGGCCAGAUCCUCCCUGCAUGGUAUUUCCCAGGUAGUGAAGGACCACGUGACCAAGCCCACUGCCAUGGCCCAGGGCCGAGUUGCUCAUCUCAUUGAGUGGAAGGGCUGGAGCAAGCCAAGUGACUCGCCCGCUGCCCUAGAAUCAGCCUUUUCCUCCUACUCAGACCUCAGUGAGGGUGAACAAGAGGCUCGCUUUGCAGCAGGAGUGGCCGAGCAAUUCGCCAUUGCAGAAGCCAAGCUCCGGGCAUGGUCAUCAGUGGAUGGUGAGGACUCCACCGAUGAAUCCUAUGAUGAGGACUUUGCUGGGGGAACUGACUCAGACAUGGCUGGGCAGCUGCCCCUGGGGCCCCACCUCCAGGACCUCUUCACCGGCCACCGAUUCUCCCGGCCUAUGCGCCAGGGCUCCGUGGAACCCGAGAGCGACUGCUCGCAGACCGUGUCCCCAGAGACCCUGUGCUCUAGUCUGUGCAGCCUGGAGGAUGGGUUGUUGGGCUCCCCCGCCCGCCUGGCUUCCCAGCUGCUGGGCGACGAGCUGCUCCUCGCCAAACUGCCCCACAGCCGGGAAAGUGCCUUCCGCAGCCUGGGCCCAUUGGAGGCCCAGGACUCGCUCUACAACUCGCCCCUCACAGAGUCCUGCCUUUCUCCCGCUGAGGAGGAGCCAGCCCCCUGCAAGGACUGCCAGCCGCUCUGCCUGCCGCCAGCGAGCAGCUGGGAACGGCAGCGGCAAGCCUCUGACGUAGCUUCUUCUGGGGUGGUGUCCUUAGACGAGGAUGAGGUGGAGCCAGAGGAACAGUGACCCAAAUCAUGCCCGGUGGUGGCAUGUGUCCCCUGGCCGCUGCUGGGGGCAGAGCCUCUGUGCCCAAGCACGGGCGAGGCUUCCAGCAGAGCUCCAAAGCCUGGAGGGCUCCUGGGAGCACUCACUCCUCCAUUGUGUGUUUGCAUGAAAGUGUUCAGAGGAGGCAGGGGCCAGGCUGGGGGCGCAUGUCCUGCCCCCACUCCUGGGGUUUGCCGGGGGUUGCCCGGGGCCCCUGGGGCAUGGCUACAGCUGUGGCAGACAGUGAUGUUCCUGUUCUUAAAUCAAAACCACCACGUGCACAUUUCCCCCUCGGGUGAUGUGAAUCCCUACGGGGGCAGCUGUGACUGGGCUGUGUGGGAUGGAACGGGAGGGAGCCCUGCCUCCCCGCCCCUCCCCCUGCCUCUCCUCUGCUUCUCUCCUCACCUCCAAGUCCAUGUGUAGUGCUUGACAGAACUGCCCCCGCCCGGGGUGGGGGGUUGGUUCUGACCCUCCUGGAGCCUCUGGAUUGAGCUGUCCCCCCAAGGGCCCCUCGCCCAGCUGGGCUCGUGCUGUGCUUCACCUGUCCAUCGUCUCUAAAUCUUCUUUUUC